AUGAAACAGCUUGUCGCUGUUCUUCUUUCUCUCGCCAACAUUGGUCUCGUCUCCGCCGCCAAGAAGAAUCUCAUCAUAGACACUGACCUGUUCAGCGAUGUCGACGAUGCCGGCGCCCUUCUCCUCGCGGCGACAUCCUCGGAUGUGAACCUGCUCGCCGUUAACAUCAACUAUCCGUCCAGCUACUCGGCGCUCGCGGCGUCAGCUAUCCUCUCCCACUACGGCAAAGGCCACGUCCCCAUCGGCAUCCAACGCCCCCUGACGAACGCCACCUUCUUUGACCGCUACUACUUUGACCUGGGUGAGUACGCUAGCAAGGUUGCCUACCACUAUUCGGGCGGCAGCCUCCCCUGGGGUCACGCGGAGGAGGCCUGGGGCCCGGUGGCGCUGUAUCGCAGGGUGCUCGCCGAGGCGGAAGAUGGUAGCGUGACGGUUGCUUCGAUUGGCUUCCUGAAUAACCUCUCAGCCCUCUUCAACUCCACCGCAGACGCCUUCUCCCCCCUCCCCGGCCGCGCGCUCGUCUCUCUCAAAGUCUCGGAGCUGGUCAUCAUGGGCGGCUCCUACCCGUCCGGCGGACCAAGCUGGAACUUUUUUGGCUCCAACGCCAGCCUGGCAGCGCACGUCAUCAACACAUGGGAUGGACCAGGGCGGAUGGUGUUUCUGGGCGACGACGUCGGCAAGUUUGUCCUCACGGGCGGCCCUCUCAUGGCAGAGGGCCCCAAGGAAGACCCUGUCAGGAGGGCGUAUAUCUGGUAUGGCUAUCAUCACCCGCGUCCGUUGUGGGAUCCGCUAGCCGUGUGGUACGCCAUACGCGGGCUGGGAAACUUAUUUGAAUAUGGGAAUCAAGGCGGGUUGGGGUAUAAUUUUGUUGAAGCAGACGGGUCGAACCGGUGGGUGUGGGAUAAGACGGUGAGGAAUCAGUUCUUUUUGCGGUUGAGGGCGGGGAAUGAGACGGCGGCCGAGGAGGUUGAUCGGCUGUUCUUGGAGGGUGCCUUGUCAGCUGUGAAGGGGAUAGGGACAGAGGGUGACACCUCACCUCGGAUGUGA